CCAGCCAGAGGCCGGCGCUUGAUCUUCGAAGGCUUCGCAUUUCUUCGUUUCUACUUCGAGUAAAACAAAAAAACUGAAGUUCCGAUCUCAUCUUUGUUUCCGUCGCCGAUCUCAGCCGAAAGGAAUGGAGUGCGCCGUCGCCACCGCCGAGGAGGAAGUCCUCCUUCACGGCUACCUUCUCCUCACUAUCAUCGAGGCCCGCGGCCUCCCCAACAUGGACUCUUUCUCCGAGAACCUGCGGCGCUGCUUCGCUCCUUGCCGCAACACCUUCCUCCCCAGGACUUCCGCGGCUCCCAAUUCGGAGUCCGGCGCCGAUUCCCUAUCGCAGAAGCGCCACCACCACCACAUGACCAUCACCAGCGACCCCUACGUCACCGCCAGACUAGCCGGUGCCACCAUCGCCCGAACCCGCGUCAUAUCCAACUCCGAAGACCCUGUUUGGAACGAUCACUUUAAGAUCCCAGUUGCCCACCGCGCUGCCGCCCUUGAGCUCCGCGUCAAGGACAACGACGUCUUCGGCGCGCAGCUCAUCGGCACCGUCUCGUUCCCCGCUACAAGCAUCGCCUCCGGAAAGAAGAUCCAGGGUUGGUACCCUGUCGUUGGCUCCAACGGGAAGCCUCCAAAGCCUGAAUCCUCCCUCCGUGUCUCCAUCGAGUUCAUCCCCGUCGAGGAUACACCUGAGUACCAGCAUGGCAUUGCUGGGGAUCCGAAGAGUCUGGGGGUGAGGGAUGCCUACUUCCCGCUCCGUCCUGGGGGUUCUGUAACGCUCUACCAGGACGCCCAUGUGAACGAUGGCGAAUUGCCAGAGGUCAGGCUUGAGAAAGGGGCAACGUUUAAGCACGAGAAGUGCUGGGAAGAUAUUUGUCAGGCAAUUCUUGAGGCACAUCAUUUGAUAUAUAUUGUUGGCUGGUCCAUAUUCCACAAGGUGAAGCUGGUGAGGGAGCCGACGCGGCCUCUUCCACAGGGCCGUGACCUUACGUUAGGAGAGUUGCUUAAGUACAAGUCGCAGGAGGGGGUGAGAGUGUGCAUGCUGGUCUGGGAUGACAAGACAUCCCAUGACAAAUUCUUUAUCAAGACGGGAGGUGUAAUGCAAACUCAUGACGAAGAGACUCGGAAAUUCUUCAAGCAUUCCUCCAUCAUUUGUGUGCUAUCACCUCGCUACGCCAGUAGUAAGCUUAGUAUUUUCAAGCAGAAGGUUGUAGGGACACUAUUUACUCAUCAUCAGAAAUGUGUAUUGGUCGAUACACAGGCUUCUGGAAACAAGAGAAAGAUAACUGCUUUUAUUGGAGGUCUUGAUCUUUGUGAUGGCCGCUAUGAUACACCAGAGCAUAGACUUUUCCGUGAUCUUGACACAAUCUUUUUGGAUGAUAUCCAUAACCCAACAUUUACUGCUGGAACUAAAGGCCCACGACAACCAUGGCAUGAUUUACAUUGCAAGAUUGAAGGUCCUGCUGCUUAUGAUAUUCUAAAGAAUUUUGAACAGCGCUGGAGAAGGGCAACUAAAUGGAGAGAAUUUAGUUGGCGCUUUAAAAAGGCAUCCCGUUGGCAUGACGAUGCUCUAAUAAAAUUAGAACGAAUUUCAUGGAUUCUUAGUCCUUCGCCUACAGUUCAAGAAGAUGAUCCAAGUUUAUGGGUUUCAAAGGAACGAGAUUCUGAACAUUGGCAUGUUCAGGUCUUUCGUUCUAUAGACUCUGGCUCACUUAAAGGAUUUCCUACAAAUGUGGAAGAAGCUUCAAAGAUGAAUCUUGUUUGCCACAAGAAUUUGGUUAUCGAUAAGAGCAUCCACACAGCAUAUGUGAAUGCAAUCAGAUCUGCCAAACAUUUCAUAUACAUUGAGAAUCAGUAUUUCCUUGGCUCUUCAUAUGCUUGGUCAUCUUACAAAAAUUCAGGUGCUGAUAAUCUGAUACCCAUGGAGUUGGCACUAAAAAUUGCCAGCAAAAUUAGAGCGAAUGAACGAUUUGCAAUUUAUGUGGUUAUACCUAUGUGGCCCGAAGGAGACCCAACUAGUAAUGCUGUGCAAGAAAUUCUUUUUUGGCAGGGCCAAACAAUACAAAUGAUGUAUGAGAUUGUGGGAAAGGAGCUUAAACACAUGAACCUUGAAAAUGCCCAUCCUCAAGAUUAUCUUAAUUUUUAUUGUCUUGGGAACCGGGAAGAAGUGCCCAAGGAUAACUUGGAAGAAGAUGAUUCCUCUCUACAGAAAAACCCAGCAAAACCGUCACAAAAGUCUCGCCGUUUCAUGAUUUAUGUUCAUGCAAAAGGGAUGAUUGUAGAUGAUGAGUAUGUCAUAGUUGGUUCAGCUAACAUUAACCAAAGAUCCUUGGCUGGUUCGAGAGAUACUGAGAUAGCCAUGGGAGCUUAUCAGCCUCAUCAGACAUGGGCAAAGAAAAAAUCACAUCCUCACGGCCAGGUAUAUGGAUAUAGGAUGUCAUUGUGGUCGGAGCAUCUAGGCAUGAUUGAUGAUCGCUUCAAGGAACCUGAUAGCCUCGAGUGCGUAAAAUUCGUGAACAAGAUAGCAUCUGAAAAUUGGUCCAGAUAUACAGCAGAAGAAAUAACCCCACUGACAGGUCACCUACUAAAAUACCCUAUCAAAGUGGACCUUGACGGUAAGGUUGGCUCCCUGCCGGAACAUGAGUGUUUCCCUGAUGUCGGUGGCAAGAUCUUAGGAGUGCAGACUCCACUUCCAGAUACCUUGACAAUGUAAUUUGAAUCUGUGUCUGCUACUGUUGUUCUGUAUUCAACUUCAUUGUGUUUCUUCUUUUACAAUUGUAUAAUUUAAAAUGUAGCUUCUGUAUGUAUGCGUUUGCUCCAACUUUUUUUUCCCUACUUUGUAGCUCAUCAUUUUGGCUUGAGCUAGUAAUUUGACAAGGUCUUGGCGGUCUUAGAUGGCAUGUAAUCUUAGGUGGCAGUGUUUUAAAAUUGGAUAUUGGAUAUGAAGUUGUUUCUGGUGCA